AUGUCGCUCGCUCCCGCUUCGUCGUCGUCGGCGCUCCACAUCGACUUCCCCGCCUCGGCAGGCUCGGGCGUGAUGCACUCGCGCUCCGUCACCGGCGUCCAGGUGCACCCCGUGGCGCUCUUCUCCAUCCUCGACCACUACCUGCGCCGCAACGACGGCCAGCACCGCGUGAUUGGCACGCUGCUCGGCACACGCACCGAGUCCGAGAUCGAGAUCAAGAACUGCUUUGCGGUGCCGCAUCUGGAGGACGAGGAGGAGGGCCAGGUGCAGGUCGACAUGGAGUACCACCGCAACAUGUUUGAGCUGUGCCAAAAGGUGCGUCCGGACGAGGUGAUCGUCGGCUGGUACGCCACCUCGCCCGAGCUCAACACGUACAGCGCGCUCAUCCAGGACUUCUACUCGCGCGAGACCGCGCCGCACCAGGCGGUCCACCUCACCAUGGACACCUCCGUCGACGCCUCCAAAGCCGACGGCCUCGGCAUCAAGUCGUACAUCUCGUCGCCGCUCGGCGCCGCCCCCAAGCCCGAGAACUGCGUCUUCCUCCCGCUCCCCACCACCCUGCUCCACUCGACACCAGAGCACUCGGCGCUCUCGCUCCUCGCCUCGCACAACGUCGCCUCGCCCCUCACCGACCUCGAUGCGCUCGCCGUCAGCCUCAACCAGGUGCAGGCGCAGCUCGACCGCGUGCUCACCUACGUCCGCGCCGUCAUUGCCGGCGAAAAGGAGGGCGACAAGGCCGUCGGCCGCUUCCUCAACGACACCAUCAGCGUCGUGCCCGCCGGCAUGGACGACAACAAGCUCGAGACGCUCUUCAACGCCCACCUCCAAGACGUCCUCAUGGUCUCCUACCUCGCCAACGUCGUCCGUGCCCAGGCCGAGGUGUCGUCGCGCCUCACCCUGCUCACCUAG